UUAAACGUAGCGUAUCCAGCGAAUGGAACACAAACGUGCAUUGACAUCGACGAUGAACAUAAGGUUCGUCCGUUCUAUGAGAAACGCAUGGCAACGGAGAUGCCCGUGGAUUUCCUAGGAGAGGAGUGGAAGGGGUAUGUGGUUCGAAUCACGGGUGGAAACGACAAGCAAGGAUUCCCUAUGAAACAAGGCGUACUCACGACUGGAAGAGUGCGUUUGCUUCUCAGCAAAGGUCAUUCCUGCUAUCGUCCGAGAAGAAAAGGCGAAAGGAAGAGAAAAAGUGUGCGGGGUUGCAUUGUGGACAGCAACCUGAGUGUAUUGAACCUGGUAGUUGUACGCAAGGGUGAAGGAGAUAUUCCUGGCCUCACUGAUCAAAAUAUCCCUCGACGACUGGGACCUAAGCGCGCUUCGAAGAUCCGUAAGCUAUUCAAUCUAUCAAAGAAGGAUAACGUUUGCCAGUUUGUCGUGAGGAAACCACUCCCACAUAAAGAUGGCAAAAAGGAGCGUACAAGGGCUCCGAAGAUUCAACGUCUUACUACCCCUCUCCGUCUGCAAAGAAAACGCCAUCGUUUGGCCGUUAAAAGACAUCGUGCUGAAGCCCGCAAGAAGGCUCAGGAAGAAUAUGCCAAGCUGGUCCUCCAGCGACGUAAACAGGCUCGAGAUGAGCGUGCAGAACGCAAACGCUCCAGGAGUCAAUCUCUUCGCGAGUCCAAGGGUUCUGCCAGCACCAAGUGA